AUGUCCCGAGCAUCUAAGCUGACAUUGGCUGCUACCGGCUUGGGUACAGCGGGAAUUAUCUACUUCGUUCACUGGGCACAAGAACAAGAGAAAGCUUCCAUGCAUAAGGGUGUUGAGCGAGAUAUGGAGAAGCAGCGCAUUCGACAAGAACGGCAGGCCGAGUUCGAGAUUCAACGAAGACUUGAAGAAGAAUACAGGCAACUUCAAACUGUCUCCCCAAGUAUAGAAGAUCAGAGUGGAGGCGAAGUGAAACAGGGGAGAGGGACAUAA